AUGGCUUUCGAUAAAGUCACGGCGUCGCGGGCGGUGCUCAACCCGCAACUCGCGCCGCGUCUUGCGGAGUAUGUGUCGCUGCUAGAGCCGGCCGCAGUCGCCGCGGAGUUUAAGCGGCUCGCACGGAUGCAGCGCGGAUGGCGGAAGCUGCAGUCAGACUGGCGAGGACGGUGGGGUGCGGGGGUACGGGCUCGGAAGCGGCGGAAGCGGAGGGGAGCGGAGGAUGAGGGGGGAAUGAGGGGGAAGGGGCUGGUAAAGACGGAAGAGGGAGAGGAUGGGAAGAGGGAGAAGGUGUCACGAGGCGGAAAGGUCAAGAGGGAGGGGGACAAUGACGGUAGUGGGGGAAGGCAUGGGGGAGGCGGAGAGCGAAGGGGAAGAGGAAGGGCAGCGCAGCUGGAUGUUGCGGAGAUGUUUGAAAUGGGCGACGAGGUGAGCCAUGGUGCCUUUGGCGCUGGCUGUCGGGCCGCCGCAGAAGGAGGGGCAAGGGGAGCGGAGGAGGAAGUGGAGUGGGAGAAGCUGAGGUUUAAGAGGCGUGACAGUGAAGGGAAGAGAAAAAGAGGAGUGCAGAGAGCUGAGGGGGGUGUGUGGGGGAGAGGAGGGUUGGGGGAGUGGGGCCUGGGAGGUCUUGAGGAGGAAUUGAUGGGUGCUGCUGCCUUGCGCAUGGUUAGAGAGCGGUGCAAAGGGAUGAAAGGGGAGGAGGGAGAGGAGGAGGAGGAGGAGGAGGAGGAGGAGGAGGAGGAGGAGGAGGAGGAGGAGGAGGAGGAGGAGGAGGAGGAGGAGGAGGAGGAGGAGGAAGAGGAAGAAGAAGAAGAAGAAGAAGAAGAAGAAGAAGAAGAAGAAGAAGAAGAGGAGAGGAUGUUAUUUGACGAUCCCAUGUUUCUCCCAGAGCUGCUCUGCCUGCUUCCAGCUCUGGCGCUCAAGUGCCCCUCGCUCCUGCCACCAGGUCUGGCUGUUCUCGGACUGCUGGCUUCAAGGCUCGGCCCGAGCCUGAUUGCAGCUGCUCGUUCCCAUGCUCACACCAGCAAUACUGCCUCCAUCGCCCCCUCCACUGCUCGUCUUACCGCUGCAAACUGGGCCUCAUGCACCUUCCGUGCAGCUUCCCUCGCCAUGGUCCGCGUCUGCCAGCUGUCCGCAGCUACUGCUGCCACCUCAGCAAGCAGAUCCACGGCUAAAUCUAUAGGUCCUGUGUUGCUGGAAGACCCUCUUGCGGUUCCCAAGGCGUGCCGGGCGGCGUUGCUGAGUCAGCACGUGCUUGCUGAGCUGGCAGUGCAGAUCACGGUGGAUCUGAUUGGCGAUGAGCUGGCGUUUUUCCUGUCUGCCCUGCCUCCUCUGUCCGAUCCCCUACUGGCCAAAACCAUGUCACAUGCCCAAGGAGGAGGGGUGAAGGCACAAAGGGAUACAGCAGGGUCGAUGGGGGAAUGUGAGGAUAUGGUGGCUGUUGGGAGCCAAUCGGAAUGCGCCAUGUGGCGCGCCAGGGCGGCAUUGCUGCGAGGAGCAGAGGCAGAGGCGGAGAGAGUGGGUCUUGACGUGAGGCUGGGGCACAGUGGGGGGCGUGUGGAGAGUUGGGAGUGUGGAGAGGGUGGGGAGGGUGGGGAGGUUAAGGGCGAGGAUGAGGUUUCCAGGAAGGAGGAGAAGGAGGAGGAGGAAAAAGGUGGUGGUGGCGUGGCAGGGAGUACAGGGUGUAAGGCACAUGAGCGUCUGGAGGAGGGCGGCGGGGUGGUGGGAAGAUGGUCGGCGGAACUGUCACGGCACCUGCGGGUGUUUUGUCUGUUGUGCGGGUGCGGCGUGGUGAAGCUCGAAGAUGCUGCACGUGACAGCCUGGCAGCCAAAGAGCUCAUUCGGCAGACCCUGGGCUUCCCUGUGUUACUGAGUCCCGCCUCUCUCACCCAUCUCGCUGAUACUGCAGUAGGGGGAGGAAGUCCCAACGGGAAUGCUAACAGCACUGCUGCUGCUGCUGCUGCUGCUGCUGCUGCUGCUGCUGCUGCUGUUGCGCCUCCUGCCACUGCCGCUCGUGAGAAUGCUACUUCUGCUGGCACUACCAAUGCCGCCACUACCACCGCUGCUCCUGCGAUAGUCUCUGCAGCAGGGGUGGUCAGAGCAGGGGCAGCGCUGCACCCACCGUGUGUUGCAUCCCAGCAGCUCUUUUCAAACCAAGCCCACAGUACAGUCCGAAAUUGCACCGGCCCAGUGGACAAACCAGCAGCAACAGUGCGAGCAUCAGCAUCAGCAUCAGCAGCAGUGCGGGCAGCAGAGUGCAUGCAUCUGCUGCUAGAGGCAGACCUCUUCGCCCUCCACCACAUCAACCCCACCCCGGCUCUUUUCCGCUGCCUCUACGCCGCUUCCCUCCCCAUCCACCCUGUAUUCCCUUCCCUCCUCUCCUCCUACGUCUCUGCCCUUGCUUCCGCGUCCCUCCCUCCUGCUCCACCCACCCCCGCCCGCACGCCAGUCUCCCACCCCCCCUCGGCCCACCCCCCGACGCACCCUCAUUAUUCUCUCCCCUCCUCGCACCCCUCCCCCUCCCACGCUUCUCCCUCUCACAUCCCCCGUUCCCACCCCUCCCCGUCCCGCAUCUCCCCAUCCCACCCCUCCUCCGCCCACCCAUCCCCCUCUCACCCCUCCCGCUCCCCCCACCACCCCACCUCCUCCCCUACCAUUCCAAACACCGCCCCCACUCUCUCUCCCCCCACCACAACCCCUCCCAACCCUGCCAUCCAACCCCUCUCUCGCUCUGCCCUCCUUCGUCUCAUUUGGCCGGCCUGUCUCCUCACCACCUCUGGAAUGCCUCACACUGCUCUGCUCUCUCCCCUCCUCUCCACACAACCUCUGCCCCAAGUGGCAUCUCUGGAACCUGAAUCAGGGUCAAAAACUGGUAAGGCGGGUGGGGGUGGUGGCGCCGGGGAUGACGUGGGUGGGGCGGUGGGUCGUGGCACUAGUGGAAUGCGGUUGGAGGAGAUGUGCUGGGGUGAGGAGGGGAGGGUGCUGGCACGAGGGGCACUGGGGUCGCUGUAUGUGCUGCUGUGGGAGCGGGAGAUGCAGAGGAAGCGAGGAGCGUGGGGGAGUGGGGAGAAAAGAGGUGGGCAGGAGGCGGGAGAGAGGAGAGGGGCGCAGGAGGGAGGGGAGAGGAGAGGGACGCAGGAGGGAGGGGAGAGGAGAGGGACGCAGGAGGGAGGGGAGAGGAGAGGGAUACAGGGCGUGCCGGGCAAGAGAGGAGUUGCUGGGGCUGAAUUCGUGCUGCCAGAAGUGGGAGAGGAGUUCGAGGAAGGGGAAGAGGGAGACGAGGGAGCAGAGGGGGAAAAUGAAGAGGAGGGAGAGGCGGGAGAAGAGGGAGAGGAGGAACGAGAGGAGGGCGGUAGUGGGAGUGGCAGGAUAGGAAGUGCAAGGGCGACAGUUGGAACAGGGAGCAGAGGAGCGGUGCAGGCAUGCAGAGCAGUGGUCAUUCAUGCCCUGCCAGGGCAGCAGUGGUGGCAGUUGCUGCUGCGUGCCGUGCCCUGGCACACCCUGCUUGCCACCUUUGAGCGGAGGUUCCUUGACUUCACCCCGCUCAUGCCUACUUGGCAGUCUCUGGCGUUUUCUAUGCUGCCCGACUUUCCCGGGCAGCCUCCUCGACUGCCCCUACCAACAAACUCCGACGCCUUUUCCCUCACAAGCCCUUUUCCUCCCCCUCCUCCUCUCCACACACUCGCCCGCCCCAAAGCCCUCCGCACCUUCCCCUAUCUCAACCUCCUCCUCCCACCCUCCCUCCCUGCCACGUCAGCACGCUCCACCACCACAUCAACCCGCUCAUUAUCCACCUCAGCACGCUUGAUUGCUAUUCCAGCAAACGGAACAGCACCAGAUGACAGCCUGCCACACCAGCACGCUCUAGACAUCCUCUACUCUCUUCUUCACACCCUCCUAUCCCCAAACGCUCCCAACACUCUCAACAAUCUUAACACCCCUCCCAUCUCCUUCACUUCAAGCCCUGUGCAAGCAUUUGAGUGGAGCAUGGCUAAUUGCCCCCUUGCCUUAAACUCCAACCCCCAGCAGCAGCAGCAUGAGGAGUUUUGCAUUCUUCUCUGCGCUCUUCUUGAUGCCUGGCAGUUUCCCCUCUCCUUAUCCCUCUCGCUCUCCCUCUCUGCCUCCGAACCUGCUGUCAAAGGAGUCACGCAAAGGGGUAGGGAAAAGUUUUUUAGCGUCUCCCUGGCCGACGCAGGGUUUGACGUUGGGGAUUGGGCGGCAGAGCUUGUCAUUAUCAACAACCUGCUUUCUUCUCUCUUACAGUCACACUCGCUGCAAUCACACUCGAUCAUGGACCUGAGGGCUAUCCAGGUGUCAUUCUCCUAUUGGUGGAGCCGACUCCCCCCUCUGGGAUAUCUAGCUCUCAUGCCAGCUGUGGUCGAAGCGAUUCAAACUCAGAACUUCCCUCCUCCCUCCUCUCCAUCCCCCUUCUCCCUGUCGCCCUCACCCCCCCUCCCUCUCUCCACUCACUCCCCACCACCUCCACCUUCCCUCUCACCUCCUCGUUUCUCUCCUCUGGAACUUCCUCCCUUUCCAUCUUCCCCGUCCCUCCCUGUCCGUCCCCCCCACCCUCUAGACGCCCUCACUCUCCCCCUCCGCCUCCUCUCCUCCCACCCGCUCCUCUUCCGCUCCCCUCCCCUCCUCUCUGGCCUCCUCCUGCCAAUCCUGACGCGCCAGCUGGACGAUUUCCGCAGGGCGUGCGCUGCUGAGCUGGCAGAGGGAGCAGGUGGGGAAAACGGUGGGGAGGUUACAAAUGGUGAUGGAGAGAAGGGUGGGAAUGGUGGGAGCAGUGCCGCUGCUGGCACUGCUGGUGCUGGUGGUGCGGCUAGAGGGGGAGCCGGAGCAGCGGAGAAAGGGGAGAGAGGCGGGGGAGGUGCAGGGAAAGUGGGGACACGGGCAGGGUCAGAGGAGGAAGGCAAAGGAUUCAAUCAGACCGGUCCUGGUGUGGGUGGUGUGGGUUUGGGUUUCGGUGUGGGGUUGGGGUUGAGCAAAGGGGUGGUGGCGAGGCUGGGGAAGCGGAUGAGCCGAGCGGAGGUGGAGAAUGGGGUGGUGGCGAUGGUGGGGGUGGUGGCUCAGAUGGUCCUGGAGAUGUGUGGUGAGUUGCAGGAGGAAGGCGAGGAGGAGGGGGAGAGGGUGGAAGAGAUUUUAGAGAGGCUGGAGGAGUUGGGGGGAGAGGAGGAGCAGGGAGAUGAGGAGCAGGGAGAUGAGGAGCAUGAGGAGGAGGAGGGUGAGGAUGAGGGGGUGGAGGGUGAAGAGGAGGAAGUGGGGCAAUGGAGGAAGCAGCGUGAGCAACAAAGGCAUGAACUACAGAGGCAGCGGUGGCAGGCGGGGCAGCAGGGCAGGGACGUGCGAGCAUGCCAGGCCAUGCUCUUCGCCUUCCUCGACCGCCUCAUCGCCCAGCACCCGCUGCUGCUCCGCCUCCUCACCUUCCAGGGCUUUUCGCUCACAUGUGUACCUCCCCUGGUUGCAGCCUCCCCAGCCACACGCUCGCUCCUCCCAGCACUCGUGCGGGAGUUGCUGCAGCAGCCAAUCAUGUCGCGCCAGCUCAUGGCCGUGGCUCUGGUGGCGGAGUAUGCUGUGUGCUGUUGCGAUGCACCCGACGCCCUGCCGCUCGCCUCCCAUGUGCUGCAUCUGCUCGCCCACACGCUCACCCACACGGCCGCUGCCACCAACUUCCUCUCCUUGUCUGUGCCCCCCACGUUCCCCUCCCCUCUGCCCCCCAAUCCACACCAGGUGCUGCAUCUGCUCACCCACACGCUCACCCACACAGCCGCUGCCACCGACUUCCUCUCCUCCGCCCUCCCUUCCGCCGUCAGAUGUGCAAUCGCCCUCCCCUCCCUCGCCCCCGCCACAGUCACACUCCUGCGUGACUGUACCAGGGUGGCGGGACCCCUGCUGCCCUACCUUUCCCCGCAAGUCCCCGCGCUCUUUGCAGCAGCGGAGGCAGCCUGGAGGGUCCUGGUUAGGAGCCUAUCCCGCACAGCCACCGUUCCCCUCCCGUUGCUGCAAUUGUCCUGA